AUGCAGGGUCCGUUCAGUUCUUUGCUCUUUGAUGAGUCGAAUUUUGAAAAAUUAUCUGAUCAGAAGAAACCUUUCUUCAUCUUUGAUUGGUUACUACAUCUUGACAACAGGCUACCUCAUGAAGCUAAGAAGGAUAUUCAAGAAAUCCAGGAAGAUCUAGUUCAGCAACUUUUAUCACAAUUGAGCUGCUCAUCUAGUCCCCCGACUCAUCGUUUAAUCGGCCGUUGCUUGGCUAAGUUAUUCAUCGCUGGUGACACCCUGUUGCUUUAUACUGCAGUGAACACAUGCAAUGGUAUGCUCAGAUCCCGUGACGAUGGUGCUUCGUCGACAACCACUCGUUUGGCUGCACUUUUGUGUCUCAGCACAAUUUACAAGUCCAUGGGCCGCAUGAUCGGUCGGUCUUUCGAGGACAGCGUUUCAUUGAUGGUUAAGCUAAUAAAACAGUCUGAGUCCCAAGUCAGGUGCGAAACUAUGCUUACGCUGUGCUCUCUUUUGGAAGCUGUCGGCUCUGCCGCAUCAGUUUGCAAUAAAGACAUUUACAAGGCCGCAAAGUCCUGCAUGACCGAUCGCGUUUUAUCCGUACGUGCCGCCGCCUGCAAGUGUCUUUAUGAAUUGUGUGGACACUACGCUCCCCUCUACAAUCACGAAAUGGAAAGUGUGCUGAGUUUGUGCUUUCGUUGCAUGGAUGGGUCCAACUAUGCAGUACGAAUGGAGGCAGCGAGACUUAUCGGGCGAAUCUUGGCGAAAUCGCAACAGCAACAACAACAAGCUCCCACUUCUACAGCACCUUCAUCACCGGCACGUGUCACUCAGAGCUCCGGUACUAUAUCUUCUUCACGAUCGAAAGCAAUCAUGCCCAAAGACGCCUUUUUGGCUCUGGCUCCUGGUUUUCUCAAAGGUCCAGGCGGAUUUCUCAAAGGUUCCACUGCUACCGAUAUGCUAAAAGGUACGAACUCGGUCAAUCGUGAAGUGCGCAUCGGUGUGACCUAUGCCUAUGUUGAAUUCGUCUCAAUGAUGGGUUCUCAUUGGCUCGAGUCUAAUCUGGACACUGUCAUUUCCCACUGUGUACACCUACUGAUCAAUCCCCGCGCCAUUCCUACUCAAGCCGAGGCAAUAUUCGCACGUCAUUGUGUGGGUUACAUCUUGACCACUUUGUUCCAUCGUCUGCUGUCGGAACCGGCUGUACUGGCGGCUGCCCGUGAAUUGGUUGUGCUUCUCCGAAGGCAGCUUCACGCUGCUCGGGGUGCCGAAUGUGUAGAGGAAACGAAUGUAGAGCUAGACACCACUGACGCUCCUACAGACUCUGGCAAAAAGGUUGUCGAGCCGACUGCGCUGGAGCUCGAGGACCCUAAUUGUGCCGCCCCUUCCAUUUCCCCGAAAACUAGCGAUGCUGACUCGAACGUCCUCACCAAACGCGGUUUUGGACGCGCGAGCACUCGCACUCAACGCCAACGCCAACAACAGCAUAUAAUUGUUUGUAUCUUAGAUCAAUUGACCGAGGUGAUACGCCAGUUGGACUCUGCUUGUGCCCCCUUAUUGGACCAACCCGUUGGGCUAAUCGAUCUGUUGUGCACCGCUCUCAUCCAUCCAAUCGCAUCCGUGCGCUUCGCUGCCGCGAAGUGUCUUCGCCAGUUGGUCGUUGUUUUGCCUCAUCAGCGGGUCCCCACGCUGGACGGAUGCAUCAGUUCCCUUAGACAAGCUCAACGAUCGAAUGGUGAUUCUAUUCUUGGAUAUGGUGGUGCCAUCGGGGCCAUUCUAUCCGGCGCCACUGUUGAUGUACUGGGUGUCCCAUCGGAUCGUGCAAGCCAGAUAUUCUCUCUAGCCGAGGAACUUCUUCGCGAGGCCAAUCAGAAUAGUCGUCUGACAUUGUCCAGGACACAAGCUGGUUGGACGAUGCUCGCCUCCUACUUAUCUUUGGGUCCGGAUCAAGUGAGGCCGCGCUUACCGCAACUGUUGCUGUUUUGGCGCAAUGCAUUUCCACGUAGCGUCCAGGAGUUGGAAGCCGAAAAGCAGCGUGGUGAUGCAUUCACAUGGCAAGUUGUAUUGGAAGCCAGAGCUGGAGCCUUGUGUUCAAUUCAAGUCUUUUUGGAAUAUUGUUCCCCAUUGUUACACACAGAGGAUGUGAUAAAUCGUUUACUAGCGCCGAUCGAGAGUGCGCUGAACAUGAUUCCCCACUUGUUGGAUCUAGUGCGCCUUUACGGUAACCAUUUGAAGGCCAUCGCGACCAUGGUUCGACACCGGUUGUAUCGCAUCUUAUUGCUACUUCCUCAUGCAGCCUACUCAAGUUCCUAUAGCACAUUGUUACGCGAAUUGGUCGCAGAGCUCACAUUGACGGAUAGCGUGUCAAACACUACGACCUCUCUUUUGCGCUCUCUGUGUCGGUCUGAUGACAACGUUCCUCUCGGUUUCUGGACCCAGGAUACAGACCAGAAGACUUUGGAAGAACAGGUGCAGCCGAAUAUUGCAGUUUCUCCAGCUGCGCUUGAACACGAUCCGGCUUACCUGUUUCUCCGCGAUGGGUUGACUGGUAUUACAGUUGUCGCACCGUGCCCUUCAAAUGGUUUCAUGCUCGAUCAAGGUUUAGAGCAUUCACCACAUGGUCCAUCGUCUGUCUCGUUUUACCAUUCUGUCGAUUUGUCGGCCGCAUCCUCGUUGCCGCCCGUCGGUUUGUCUACCUGUUCCACUUGGCCAACUUAUGAAGACGGCAACCGUUAUUCACCCUCGGCCGUCCUACAGACUGGGGGAUUACCACCUCCCGUGAGUGUGGCUGUUAUCGAUUCUGCCGUGGAAUUGUUCGGUCGCGUAUAUCCUUACGUCCCCAUGCGUCACCGAGUGCAGAUGAUGGACCACUUUGCCGAGUGCAUCCGAUUGGCGAAAUCCGCCAGACAAGAGGCGAUACAAAUCAAUGUAUUCGCCGCUUUGCUGAAUGCAAUGAGACGGUUAACUGAAACCAAAGCCGCUUUCGGGGAAGCCACCGAGCUGCGUGACUCGUUAAUUAACCUUAAUAUGGUCGCGCUCGCUAGUCCGUGUAUUCUCCUUCGCUGUGCCGCUGGUGAGUGCAUGGGUCGCCUAGCUCAGUUGGUUGCGGAUCCUAGUUUUCUUUCUGAGUUGGCACAAAACCUUUUCGAACGCCUUCGAUCCAUACGAAAUCCGAUCUCUCGUGCCGGUCAUUGCCUAGCCAUUGGAUGCUUACAUCGGUACGUUGGUGGACUCGCCUCUGGUCAACAUGUGAACACGAGUGUUGGCAUUUUAUUGGCUAUUGCGCAAGACUCCAGUGUUCCAGAAGUUCAGGUAUGGGCCCUGUACGCACUCGCGCUUGUUGCAGACUCCGGGGGCCCCAUGUUCCGCGAAUAUGUCAGUCCUAGUCUAGAUCUGGUGUUUCAGCUGCUUCUGCGUUCCGCCUCAACUGCAAUUGACAUACAACGCAGCCUGGGAAGAUUAUUGAGCACACUCAUUACCACAAUUGGACCAGAACUGCAUGGCUCCACUCCCUCAGUCACGAUCACCAGACGCUCCUGUCUCAUGUGCUGCUUGAUUAUGCAACAUUCCAACGAUCCGGUGCUGCAAGCUGAAUCCGUAUCCUGUAUGCAGCGAUUACACAUGUUCGCUUCCCAACAGUUAGAAAUUCCCGUCGUCGGGCCUGAGCUUCAGGAUUAUAUAUCUAGCCCUCACCUUCUCUUGCGCCGUGCUGCUGCCUCCUACUUUCGCCAAUUAAGUCAGAAAGAGUCUGACGUUUUACUGACACUCGUUUCGCUGAAUCGAGGAAAACACCAUGCUGCAAGUUCCUACAAAGAGUCUAAGAAGCCCCCGAAAAGCUCACUGGCCCUGGAGCUGCUGCUUUUUCGUCGGCUGGAUGUGGAACCCGACGUCCAAACUCGUCGGGACAUUGAGGAAACCAUUGUCAGUUUGCUACAGCUCUCCGCUCAUUCGCGUCUAGGCCAGUGGUUGGCCACCUUGAAGGAAGUGCUGCAGGCUACUACGGCGGAGGAGUAUGCUUUUAAACCUGUACAUGCGCCACAACUGCACACUGCGAAUCGUCCCGAUCCAGUUUCCACCGGCGGUGCGAGCGUGGAGCAAAGCGCCUCAGAAGUCACUUCGCACACUGUUCCAAAUGGCUCACACGAUUUGUCAAAUGCAGAAGUAAUCGAAGACGGAGACGCGGGAAUAAAUGAUUCGUUAGGUGGUAACAACCGGGUUGCAUUAAAUGCGUCCACCACAACCACCAAAACAAAGUGGCCAACUCGAGUGUUUGCCGUGGGUUGCGUUCGCGUUCUUAUGGCCGUUUGUUCUCGCCUGUUCCGACUUGCGGCGACCGAUACUCAGUCAUCACUGGUUACCUCACCGAACGGUUCGACAAAUGGUACUGACUCCUUUUUCACCGACCCAUCUGCUGUUGCACAUUUCGAUCUGGCUCUCGCCCGUUGCCUCCGUGCAUCACGUAAACCGAAUUUGGCCUCAUCGGACUGGCUGGUUCUACACUUAUCCGAUCUCAUCCGAAUCGCUUUCAUAUCAGCGACCUCAGACAGCAGUCACCUACGUAUCUCUGGACUAAAGUUGAUGCAAGAUGUGAUCCAUCGUUUCGCUCGUGUAGCCGAUCCAGAUUGUUCAGGCACUGCAAGUGACUGCACUCUUGCACUACAUCCUCAACUCACUUCGGUUGCCUGCCUAGUAUGCAGCACUUGGAUUGGCUCUGGUGUUGCCCGGGAUGCACAGAAUUUGCGACGCGUGCAUGAACUACUGCGUCUGGCGUUCGAUAAUCUACGGCUGAGUGAAGUGGAUUUCUCCACCUGUUCACGUCGUGCGAAACAGCCACAGGAGUCGAAAUCCUCCUAUCAACUCUAUUGUUCCGACGCAAUGACCAUGGAGAAACUGGCCGUUCUUCGGGCCUGGGCUGAUGUAUACACUAGUGCAAUACGCUUCUCUUACUCCCGAAAUGUGGCAAAGCUGCCAGAUGUUGAUAAGGAGGACGCAGACGCCAGUGCGGAACGAUGCGCCGAUGAUCAAGAAGAUCAGUUUUCCGCUGGCGAACCUGGGGAGUCUGAUGACGAUCUUGACACUGUAUCUGCUUCUGAAUCGCACAUUUGCGACAGCAGCUGGCCGCGCCGCACCUACCUGCUUCUAUCGCAUUUGGUGCGCCCCUUGCUCCCCACGUUAUCAAAAGCUUGGAUUGCCAUUUUGCAGGACUACGCCAUGCUCAGUUUACCCGACGAGUUGUCUGCCGAACGUCCGGUCACCGGAGGCAUCUUCUACGGUCACGACUCGAUUGUCGACCGUGUGCGACCAUAUUACAUGCAGCAUUGGCCCGCGGUAUCGCUGGCUGCAUCUAUGUGGAUUCAAAAUGAGCUAAGUGAUCACAAUGCCUUGGACGAAGGGGAUUCGGACGCGCGCACAUUGAGACGUGACUUCAGUCUUAUUCUUGGCAUUUGUGUUAACACAAUAUGUGACGCUGGAGCGAAGCAGUCCUUCGGACUAGUCAACACUUGUCUAGAAGCGGUGUAUUGUCUUCUUCGUCACUCCGCCUGCCGAGCAGCGUUGAUGUGCCAGUACCCGAAAGUUCCCGUCGAACUACUUCAUAUCUUAUAUCGUGUGCUACUCACUGUGGACCACAUCGACACGCAUCUUUUAUGCUUGAGCAUCGUCAAACAAGUGUUGCAAGGCGCUGAAGAGCGUUUGGUAAAGCAACGCGAGAUAUGGCUGUCAGAAAAUUCAUCUACAUGCGACUCGAGGCUUCUUCUGACUUCAGACACUAGUUCCAAAACGGCGCUAACGAACACGUCAUCUAGUACCGCACAAACUACCAGUCUGGUGGAUGCCCAAAUGUUCGAACUGGCUGAAGGUGGUUCUCUUGCCUUUGAACUUAAACAACCAGUGGAAUCCCAACAUCCCGGAGAGAAAGGAUUGCAUCCGAGGUACUCCGUCGUGUUUGCUAGCUUGGAAAUUUUGGUAUGCGUCUUCGCCCGCUACUGUCCUGAAAUGUUGACUGAGUUGCGCAUGGUUGGACCUUCUGCAGCCUGCAACCACCUCUUGCCCGAAGCUCGAUGUGCCAAUGGUACGGAUGCACCCAAUGUACUGGCCGCUGCUUUGCGAUGCCUUCUAUCCCUCCCAGACCUGUGUGCUCCGCAUGUUUUGCUCAGCAGUCUGAGUUUGUCAAGCGCCACUGCAGAGACUGGAUCUGUCCCAGGAAGUUGCGACACAAGCUCCAAAUUUGCGGAUAAUUUGCUCGUUGUGUUGCUCGACUGCUUCGUCAGGAUUUCCCAGGUCGUGUUGCUUCAACCAUACGCACCUGCUUCUCCCCUACCAACUGACAACAUCAAGUCUGCUAUAUGUCGAAACACGGAACUUUCAGACUCCGUGAACAAGCAACAUUGCAUGGACUCCUAUGCUCUGUACUUGUGCGACAUUGAUGCUCACACCGAUGUCACGUCAACAGCUAAUUCCACUCAUUCUGCCUCUGCCGCUCGUCAGCGGAAACUAGAGCAACGAAGACGACGACUCCAUGUUGAUCGCUUGCUUUCUUGGACUUUCCAGCAGUCUAAAUUGGCUGCUGUAAUUGUUCGUUUGGCUGUUCAAUUGGCCAACCACCACUACCCUGUUUUGGCUAGCACACGAUCUCCAGUGCGUUCCACAUCCAGUUGGUCUGCAAACAGCGACAUGGUUAGUGACACAACCCCUGAUAGUAGCAGCACCCAGCGUUGUUCCGUUGCCAACGCCCAGUCAGUGGACGAAGUGAGCUCAGAGGUUGCUCGACAAGGCCAUCACUCACAACCGACGGACCAGGUGCUGCUGCGUUCCUCAGCAGCCGCCUCCGAGUGGUACGGCUUGGUGUCAAAUAGUCUACUUGACUUGCUGCGACAUAGACACAAUGAUUUACAAAUGGUAGGACUUUCUACUUGCUGUCUCCGUUCGUUAACCUUGGUGAGUCGGAUAGCUGCUGAAUGCCCAGUAGCGGUUUUCAAUUCAAAGGAUCUUCGAAAUCAAUUGGUGCUACAAAUCCGUCAUUUGUGGGAAGUUGCGGGGCUACUGACUCCUUCGAUCUUCGAUAGUGCGCAUGGGGCUUCCUGUGUAGAGAAGGAUCCCGUGUCCCCUCUGUCAAAUAGUUCAAGCUGCAACAAUCCGUUCAGGAAAGCCCUCAGCGGGCUUACGCAACGUCGGGUUUGUCUUUCUGCUAUCGAGGUAUUGGUGAAUCACCGGGAACCGGUAGUGAACACUUUCUUCGCACGAACGAUCACUCCUCAAAUAUUCCAAUGGAUUUGCGAUUUGUCUACUCGGGAUACGCCAUCCGGGUUAGUGGUUUCAGACAAACUUGAGGUGAAGAAGAACUCUCUGGUCGAUUGUUUCAACGCCGCGGUUGACAUCCUGGAGGCUCUAGUAAAUCUAUCAGACGCAUCCAAUCGGCAAGGCCUUCUCGCUAUUUUUGUCCCCCUUCUUUGUGGCUUGCUGUCUCCAGCACCGCCAAACAGACUUCUGCUAACUCGAUGGUCCGCCGCGUCCACUGUCACCGUAGAUUCGGCUGAACUCCGUUGCGGAUUACAUGUCAACGCGCUUCAACGUCUUGUAUCCAUAGCGCCCCUCUACCCGACUGACUUCCGUUCCGUGUUUAACGCUCUAGGUGAUCAUAAAUCUAGACUACAACUGGCGAUUAAAUCGUCCGCUGCCCUCCAAGACGGCCAUAUUCCGUAUGCGGUCAGUUCCUCAGAGGCAACGGGUCUGUCUAUUGGUCGCCCAGUCAUUCAGUUAAAGACAAACUUUAGCGGUUUUCUGCAAGAUGCCAUGUAG